CGCCUCCUCCUCCUCCUCCCCCGCCGCUUCCCAGACUGCGUCGCCCGAGCGGAGCAUCGGCGGCGGAGGCCGUCCCAGCAUGCGAGAGUGAGAUGCCUGCCCGGGCGGCUCCGGCAUCGGCGGCAUCGGUUGUCCUUCUUCUUCUUCCCCCUCGGGCCGAGGCGCCCCGGAUGCGACUGCGAGGCCGGCGCCUGGCGCGGCACAAACACUUCUAUAGGACUCACUCGCCCCGCUGAGGCCGCGCCGAGGCCCGCUCGCCUCAUGGAGCCCCACGCCGCCCGGCUGGGCCGCCUGCGGGACUCGCACGGGAAGGUGGUCAGUAGCUGCCAAGAAAAAAUCCAGCACUGGAAGAAGGUUGAAAGUGACUAUGAAGCACUUCAGGACAGACUCACUACGCUGCCGGACAAACUUUCAUAUGAUAUCAUGGUCCCCUUUGGUCCUCUUGCUUUCAUGCCAGGAAGACUGGUUCACACCAAUGAGGUUACAGUUCUUCUUGGGGACAACUGGUUUGCAAAAUGUUCAGCAAAACAGGCCGGUGAUCUAGUAGAACACAGGAAAAAACGUGUAAGAAAAAUGCUGGAUGAUUUGGGGAAGGUAAUGAAGAAUUUCGAAUCCAGAGCUGAAUUCACCGAAGAUUUGCAGAAAAUGAGUGAUGCAGCAGGCGAUGUGGUUGAUAUCAGAGAAAUCGCAGAAAGUGGUGAGGUUGAAAUGAAAGGAAAGCACAGAACUGCUCACAGACCUCAUUCAAAACCAAAAAUCUGUGCUUUUGAGGGGAAUGUCGACGAGAGCGAAACAGAUAAAAAACCCAAUGGGGACUUAAGAUCGGAAGAGGACCUUUGGGCCCGACUUGAUGAACUGGAAAGACAAGAGCAAAUUCUCAAUGAACUCAGCAGGAUUUCCGAGACUAGCAAUGUAAAGGCAGAAGGUGCCUCUUCCUCUGAAGAAGAUAGAGAAGACAGAAAGUUAAACCCAGAUGUUCUUCAGAAGGAAGAAAAACCUAACACUCAGGGCAACUUUCAGAAGGACGUAACCAACUUUGAAUCAUUCGGAAGUCAAGCUAAUGGCCCCAAUCAUUACGGCAGCGACGAUGAAGAUGAUUUCGCCAUUAGUGAGAAUGCUGUGCCGACAAUAUAUUUCUCCCACACUGUGGAACCGAAAAGGGUACGAAUAAACACGGGGAAAAAUACUACGUUAAAAUUCAGUGAAAAGAAAGAAGAAGCAAAACGGAAACGGAAGAACAGCAACGGAAAUGGACACGGGACGACAGAACUGCCAAAUAUUAAAACGCCAGCAGAUAUUUAUCGAGUCUUUGUUGAUGUUGUGAAUGGAGAAUAUGUCCCUCGUAAAUCAAUUUUGAAGUCUCGGAGCCGGGAGAACAGCGUUUGCAGCGAUACCAGCGAGAGCAGCACCACCGAGUUUGACGACAGGCGAGGAAUCCUGAGGAGCCUGAGCUACGAGGACGCGACCCACAGCGACAACAGCGAGGGCAUCUUGGAAGAGGAGGAGGAAGAACAGCGGGAGCAGAAUCCCUUUCUAGGAAGCGCCUCCCUUUCAGGAAUGUAUGAGGCUUUCUCAGGGAUGGUUGUCGAGAAGGAACCUUUAUCGCCCUCCAUAAUCCCACAUCCAGUCAUUGCUCAUCCGGUCCUGCCCACCAUUUUGGAGCGGAAAUCCGAGGAGAUUCUCUACGAAGCUUCAGAAGAAACGACGAAGAGGGUUUCAAAAUUCAAAGCCGCCCGAAUGCAGCAGAAAAGCUAGUGCCCACCUAGCAAGAGUGGACCUUGUUCAUUUUUCACCAAAGCGAGUGGCAAAGGGACGGUUUGUAUCUAGCUAGUAAGAGGGCAGAUUGCUUUGACUUCGUAUCGUUCAUACUUAGGAACUCCUGUUGAUAUUCCCCCCCACUUUUUUUUUUAAAGAAACAAAUCUGUGAAGAAGCAUUUCAGGAACCUCCUCAUUUUCUUAAUCUCCCCGUGUGCAGUUAGCACCUUUAUACAUGUUUGCCUUACGAUAACAGCACAUGGAAUAAUUUUGAAAAGAAUAAUUCUCAUGAAGCUUUUUGUUGUUGUGCCGCAUUCGAAGCUAAACGCAAGCAGUUUUUGUACCAGUCGUGAGGUUAAAAAAAAACAAAAACAUUUGGGCUACUUGAAAGAAGCUUUUUUUAAACUUUCAGGUAGAACCAAACCAUUCGAUUUCAAGGCUCGCUUUAUAAUGUUUUAAAGCUUUCUUUUCUUCCCACCCCCCUCAUAUCCUUUAUUGUUUUGAAAGGUUUGCUUUUAGGUGUCUGAUGACAAAUCAUUUAUUUCCCGCCGGUAGGAAACCUCUGGUGAUUUAGCUGUAUAGAAUCUAUGAAACAGAACGCCUCGUUCCUGUAUUUGGCAGGGAUGUUUUCUUUUGAAAGGGAAAAAAAAAUAUUGUAUUUUGUAAAAUUAAACUUUUCGAGUAAAAACGGAAGAGAA